AUGGCCAUGCUGAACCUAAUGACGGGCGUUUGGCUGUGGAAGGAGUUCUCGCUCCCGGUCCGCGCCAUCAUCACCCUCACGCUGAUUACCAGCGUCGCGUUCGGGCCGCGCUGGGAUGGAACAAGAGGCUUCCUGAGCAGCGAAGCUGAGAAGCCCAAGAAGAAAAAGAAAGCAAAGGCCCUGAGCACCGACAGAGGAGGCGAAGCGACGCUGCGGACGCUGGUUGGACGGGCCUGA